CGGCCCUGCGACCCCAGCUUUGAUGAAACGGUCAGAACACUGUCUCAGAUAUUCGGCGAUCAAACAUCACUGUUCAAUAUCCGCUACCAAUGCCUAAAGUGGGUCAAGAAAGAUUAUGAUGAUUUCAUCACGUUUGCCGGUGUUGUCAAUCGAGAACGCGAGCGCUCCAAGCUCAGCUCAAUGACGGAGAAUCAGUUUAAGUGCCUCAUUUUUAUAUCCGGUCUCCAGUCAUCCCAGGAUGCUGACAACAGAACCCGGCUUCUUAACAGAAUUGAGCAGGAUGCCGAAAUGACGUUGCAGAGGCUCACCACUGAAUGCCAACGACUCAUCCACCUGAAGCACCACACGGCUAUGAUCGGUCAGUCACCUGUGACCUCAAGCAGCUGUAUACAGGCGGUCAACUCCAGCGUGCUAAGGAAGUCCGACAAGAAGCCCCACCGAAGACAGGGUGAGCCUCUCACAAGUUGCUGUCAUUGCGUUGAACAGUUGGAGGGCCUUAUGCAAGCCUACGUGCCAAUCAUAGACGUGAAAGGUCGCAGACUGGUGGACCAAGCAACCAAUUUGAGCAUCACUGGAAUCCAGUGCUGUUCAACGCCUCCUGCAAUCAAGGUCCUCACCCCCGAUUUAGCUGACCCAUACGCUGACCUGAUUAAGGAAUACAAAGACUUAUUCCAACCUUCAGUGUUUCCAACGCAGCUGCAUCACGGGGUCACACACAAGAUUCUCACCACCGGAAACCCUGUGUCACUGAGUCCUCGUCGUUUAGCACCAGAUAAGCUUGCUACAGCCAAACGUGAGUUUGAGCACAUGUUCGAGUUGUGCAUUAUACGUCCAUCUUGGGCAUCACCACUUCACAUGGUAGAGAAGACCAGUGGCGAUUGGCGACCUUGUGGAGACUAUCGGGCGAUUAACAAGACCACCGUUUCAGUCAAGUACCCUGUACCCCAAAUGCAUGAUUUCGCUUCGACCUGGACGGGAAGACUCUUUUCUCGAAACUCGACCUUGUCCGUGCUCAUAACCAGAUACCAAUAG